AUGUAUGAGAUCAUGGAGAAGCCAGGUGGACGUGGUAUUUUAUUAAUUGGAAACCCUGGUUCUGGCAAGACAGCGUUUGUUUGCCAUUUGCUUUGUUCCAGAGCAUCAAGCCCAUUUAUACAUGACAGAAUCCUCGGAUAUCAUUUCUGUAUGCACUCGGACAAGGGGACACAAAAUGCAGCCAAAUUUGUUCGAAAUCUUGCAAACAUGAUCGCGUUAAGAAUGGAAGAAUACCGUGAAAACAUUUUGAGUUCAUCGUUUGCCAAUAAAGUACUUCGAUACGAUUGUCCAGGAGAUCCAGAGUGGUGUUUCCAGGAAGGAAUCAUUACACCUCUAGUGAAACUGCGGCGCCAGCCAAAACAGCCCUUGUAUGUUGUUAUUGACGCAUUAGACGAGUGCGCAGAAGCCAAAGCAGAAAUUGUUAACAUGCUCAAAUCAAAAGUUCGGCGAUUUCCAAUGUGGCUUAAACUGAUUAUAACCACGCGUAAUAUGAGCACCAUUACCAAAAGCUUCGAAGGUUUGCGAAGACUGGAGCUGUGGCAAGACGACUUAAGAAAUGUACAGGAUAUUGAUACAUAUACGAUGGAUAGGAUAUAUCCAUUAAAAGGUUCAAUCAUUUCCAAGAUAAAAUCAUACUUUUCCAUCAAGGAAAACAACGCCGUGUAUCAGAGAAUUGUUUCCAGCGUUGUCGAGAAGUCCCAAGGAAAUUUCUUGUACGUACGUCUUGUAUUAGACACUUUAUUUGCGACAACAGAAAGCACAAAUUGGACUGAAAACAUUCCCAAAACACUGGACAACGUAUUUCAGUCGUACUUUGAACGAAAAUACCCAACUCCUAAUUCAAUCCAAUCUUUACGCGAGAUUUUUGAAGUUCUUGUCGCAUCACAUAGACCGCUAUCUGCCCAAGAAAUCCACUCAGUCCUUCAACUUGACAACCAAGCUCUCGACUACGAGUAUGAUAUUAUGCCGAAACUGGAAGAAGUAUCCUUAUUUCUGUGGCAUGGAUCCCGGAAUGGCCUUGUGCGAAUUUAUCAUGCGUCUUUGUCUGAAUGGUUGACAGGAGAAAGUAAAAAGGGGCAAUUUUAUUACGUAAAGAAAGAAAAUGGUCACAGACGUCUAGCCAAAUACUAUCUUCAAAAUGCCAAAAAAUUCAAAAAACAGCUUACACCAGAAGAAGCGUUCUUCUUGACGCACCACAUCGUAGAGGGUGGCUCAAAUGAAGAUCAGGUGCGCGAAUUUAUGUCAAUCCCUUCAUAUUUUGUUAACAACAGCGAUGAGUCCAACAACACUGCAUUACACACAAGUGCGCGUUUGGCCUCUCCAGAUGUCACUAAACUUUUGACCAGGCAUUUCGCAGACGUUGAUUGUUUAAAUAAUGAAUACCUCACGCCUGCGUUCGUAUCUGCAGGUGCCGGAUGCGUUAAAAAUCUUAUUAUUCUUGCAUCGAAAGGGGCAAACCUUAACCACACAGUCAAAUGUAGACAAUUGAAGCCGUCGACCCCCGAGUGUCGGAGACUGGCGUGCGAAUAUUCCCUGUUGCACAUUGCCGCGCAGGAAGGAAACGUUGAGAUUGUGGAAUUUCUUAUUGAAAGCCAUGCGAAUGUGCUGAAAACAACUCACUGCAAUAACACUCCUAUCGAGCUAGCGGCUAAAAAUGGACAUCUUAAAGUCGUUAAAACCAUUAAGAAAGCUGGCGGACUCUUGGAUAGAGUCUCAUUGUAUUAUGCUGUUGCAGGAGGCCACGGACGUGUCGUGGAAUAUUUAUUGAAUGAAGGUGUGGAAGAUACUUGCAUACACGACAAUAACCUUCCAAAAGAUGGUACAAAAAACGAGAAUCAGGACAACAGGAGGAUACACGUGCUUGAUAACGGUCACCUGGAGAUGCGGGAGACAGCUCUGCAUGCCGCAGUCGGAAAAGAGCAUCUGUCUGUGAUCGAGGCUCUAUUACGUCAGCCAGAAAAUUCUUUGAACUGCCCUAAUGCUGCAGGAAGACGUCCCUUACACGAGGCGGUUCAAUUUAACAAAUACAAUGCGUUACAAGUGAUGUUAACAGCGGGCAUUAACACUUCUGUGCGCUGCGAAGCUAGUUCAUUGGCUGGUCCACAGCACAACUAUUGCCCUUGUGGUUUUAGUGCUUUACAUAUUGCAGCCAUGUAUGGCCAUUACAGUGUUGCCAAAUUACUAAUUGAGCAUAACGCAGAUGUCAAUCUCCGAGACUGCGAUGGAUCAACUCCACUUCAUAUAGCCUCGUGCUAUGGCAAGGUGUCUCUCAUAAAACUCCUUGUUCACAGUGGGGCGAAAAUCAACCUACGAACUUUCAACCUUUCAACACCACUUCACAGUGCGGCAGCUUGUCUUGCGACAACCAGUUUCUCAGCUCUGCUUGAAUUGGGUAGCAACUACUCUGCUCAAGAUAACAAGAACAUGACGAUAUUACAUUACCUUGUUAAUAACAUCAAAUUUGUGGAAAGAGAGUAUUUUGCUGAUCUGUAUGUUGACAGGCCGAUCAACUGGAUAGAAGCGUUAAAUGAAAAAGAGCCCUGGGAAAAAGGCGACCUACAAUUCACUUGGUGGAAUGCUGUUGUACGAAUGAUUCAAAGUUUAAAUGCCAAUGUUGAAAAAAGGCUACUCUUCGGAUUGCCCAAAGACCAUCCAAUACUAAAAGCGUAUGUUUAUGUUGUUAACCAACUCAAAGAAAAAAGCAAUGCUUCGUUUCUCCUUACCGGCAGUAAAAGCUACGAAGAAACAGAUGUGACAUUUCUUACAUCUCCAAACGUUUUCCUUAUGGAUAUCCUUCUCCAUAACGCCUUUAAAGGUUUCACUAUACCGUUUCUUCCAAAAAUGCUAACUAAAACGCUGUUAAAGACAUUCAACACGUUUUAUCGUUUAGAUACAUGUUCGCUUCUCACAUCCCUUGUUCAACAUAAUUGGGUUCGAUCAGCUAACUCGUAUUUGCAAGAACGUGUGGAUAUCAAUUGCAAAGAUCAGUCAGGUUUAAGCCCUCUUUUAACUUAUCUUCAUGGUGGAGGGCGUCACAUGUCAAAAGUCUUGGCAAAACAUAAAGUGACGGUGGACAUUUCCUGUGGAAAUCCGUUUGAAAAAUCUUCUUUGCACCUUAUCUCUUACCACAAGUUACAUUACUUGCAUUACCUUUCUGAGUUCUCUAAGGGAGCAAAAAAGUGGUCUAAAUACCUAGCAUCAAAUGAUUCCCUAUUUGACUACUUUUUGGAUGAGUACCAAGAGGUUCGGGACCGUCGUGGUUUGUCAAACGUUAUUCGGACUGGUGAUGGACCACUGGCCUUAGCAAUCAAGUCUCAUCCUCGAGGCACCAACGUUAUUGAUGACUGUUUUGAUACGCAAGGCUAUAAUGCCUUGCAUAGAGCAGCACAAGGAGCCAACGUAAUUGCUCUAAGAAGAUUCCUGGCUUGGGGAGGUAACCCAUUGAUAAAAAAUGCAGAUGGCAUUUCUCCGCUUUGGCUUUCAGUACUGUAUUCAGAUAAAUACACACUAUUUCUUGACUUCCGCCACGAAAAUAUCCUAACAGGUCUUGAGGUGGAUCUUGCAUCGAUCUCAGCCUCUACUAUUCUGAGUCACCUGAUCAAGUUUGGAACAGUAAACAUCGGCUGCAACGAAAGUCGUCCUGACUUAAGCCUGUAUCACCUCGCGGCCAUACGAGGCAUGUGGCAGUUUAUCUACCAGUUACUUUCGACGAAACAAUUAUUAGGCGUAGACGUUAAUUGUCCCAACAGAGAUGGUAUAACUCCAAUGUAUUUGGCGAAGCUUGUCGGUGGUGUCAGCUGUGAAUGGCACAGUCCCUGGUGCAAAGUCGUGAAAGUUAUAGAAGAGUUUGGUGGAAAACUGCGCUAUCCCAAACUAGAAGCCGAAUACUUCAUUUUCUUCUAUAUGUUUGGGGGAAUAAACCUCGCCAACAGUUCUACACAACUUGCCUUCACUAAACGUAACUACCGGUACGUGAACGAAAACUCCAGAUUGGUUCACAUCUCUGAUUUCGCGUUUUUACGCAUGAGAAACUUCGUAAGGAGAUAUCGGGAAGAUUCGACACUUGCUUUAAAAACGCUUGUCUCUGAAAUGUGUUUCGAUGACCUUGAGUAUCUAACCAUUUUGAAAUUUAGAGAGCCGCCUUUGUAG